GGCUCCUCUGCCGGGUCGCGCCGGAGGACAGGUUUCGGGCGGCGGCUUGGACGGCCUGCGGACCGACCGGGUGGGCCGAGCGGCGGAACCCCGCGCCUGCCGUCUGCCUAGCCCGCUAGCGCCGGGCGCGCGCCAUGGCCGCCUCGCCCGGUUCGGGCAGCGCCAACCCGCGGAAGUUCAGUGAGAAGAUCGCCCUGCACACGCAGCGGCAGGCCGAGGAGACGCGGGCCUUCGAGCAGCUCAUGACCGACCUCACCCUGUCCCGGGUUCAGUUUCAGAAGCUUCAGCAACUGCGUCUUACCCAGUACCACGGGGGAUCCUUACCUAACGUGAGCCAGCUGCGGAGCAGUGCGUCCGAGUUGCAGCCGUCACUUCAUCAAGCUGAUAAUGUUCGUGGAACCCGCCACCAUGGGCUGGUGGAGAGGCCAGCCCGGAACCGCUUCCACCCCCUUCACCGAAGGUCCGGGGACAAGCCAGGGAGACAGUUCGAUGGGAAUGCUUUUGCAGCCAGUUAUUCUCCGCAGCACCUGGAUGAGAGCUGGCCACGGCAACAGCCUCCUUGGAAAGAAGAGAAGCAUCCUGGAUUCAGGCUAACAUCUGCACUUAACAGGACCAAUUCUGAUUCUGCUCUUCACACGAGUGCUCUGAGCACCAAACCCCAGGACCCCUAUGGAGGAGGAGGCCAGUCAGCCUGGCCUGCCCCAUACAUGGGUUUCUGUGAUGGUGAAAACGACGGCCAUGCGGAAGUAGCCGCCUUCCCGGGUCCGCUGAAAGAAGAGAAUCUGUUAAAUGUCCCGAAGCCACUGCCUAAACACCUGUGGGAGAGCAAGGAGAUCCAGUCCCUGUCGGGGCGCCCUCGAUCCUGUGAUGUUGGGGGCGGCAAUGCUUUCCCACAUAAUGGCCAGAACACAGGCCUCUCACCCUUCCUGGGGACCCUGAACACCGGAGGGUCGUUACCAGAUCUAACCAACCUCCACUACUCGGCACCCCUGCCGGCCUCCCUGGACACCAGCGACCACCUCUUUGGUAGCAUGAGUGUGGGGAACAGCGUGGGCAACCUUCCAGCUGCCAUGACUCACCUGGGAAUAAGAACCUCCUCUGGUCUCCAAAGUUCUCGAAGUAACCCUUCCAUCCAAGCCACACUCAGUAAGAUGGCACUCUCCUCAUCCCUCAAGUGCCACCCGCAGCCGUCUGUGGCCAACGCCUCUGCUCUGCACCCCUCCCUCCGGCUCUUCUCCCUUAGUAACCCGUCUCUUUCCACCACAAACCUGAGUGGCCCCUCGCGGCGCAGGCAGCCUCCAGUCAGCCCUCUCACGCUCUCUCCUGGCCCUGAAGCACAUCAAGGCUUCAGCAGACAGCUCUCUGCGACCAGCCCACUGAACCCGUAUCCUGCCUCCCAGAUGGUGACCUCAGAGCAGAGCCCACUUUCCUUCCUGCCCACAGACGCUCAAGCCCAAGUGUCCCCACCACCCCCUUACCCCACAUCCCAGGAGCUGCCUCAGCCACUCCUACAGCAGCCCCAUGCCCAGGAGCCCCCAACUCAGCAGCCCCAGGCAGCCCCCUCCCUGCCACAGUCAGACUUCCAGCUCCUCACUGCCCAGGGCUCAGCUUUGACCAGCUUCUUCCCAGAUGUGGGCUUUGACCAACAGCCCAUGAGGCCCAGCCCUGCCUUUCCUCAGCAGGUGCCUUUGGUACAGCAGAGCCACCGAGAACCACAGGACUCAUUCCACUUGAGACCAAACCCAUAUUCCAGCUGUGGCAGCUUCCCAGGUACCAUCCUGACAGAAGAUACAAACAGCAGCCUGUUCAAAGGCCUUAGCGGGGGGCUGUCGGGCAUGCCCGAGGUCAGCCUGGACAUGGACACCCCGUUCCCGCUGGAAGAGGAGCUGCAGAUCGAACCCUUGAGCCUCGAUGGACUCAACAUGCUAAGUGACUCCAGCAUGGGCCUGCUGGACCCCUCUGUGGAGGAGACGUUUCGAGCUGACCGGCUAUGAGCACAGUGCAGUGGAACUGGGGAACUGAAAUGGCCAGAGAAAGCUGGGGUGGAGCCAGCAAACACCCUGCCGGUGGUCACAGCAUAGAGAGAGCCGCUGCCCCAGGCACUCCACUGAGCUCAGCCAAGGCUUUGCUAGACACAGCUGCACUCUUCGGCCCAUGGCACCAGUUGUAUUGCUGCAGGCCAGCUGCUUUGGAGCUUCCGGUGACCAGGAAGCUGACCAUGUCACCCUUAAUUCUCUUAAUUGGCCAUCCAGUCAGUCAGUGUGUAAAUGUAGAAAAUGCUGUGUAGCACGUCAGUGCUCCAAACCUCAGCUGCCCAUCAGCACUGAAGACGGAACGCUAUAGGAGGCAGUUGGGGACCUCGGGCCCAUGGAGUUGGCUCAGUGUCACACAACGGUACCAGAGCACCAUGAUGCCUUUCUGUCUGACCGCCAAGGCCAGGCACCCCUCCAGCUGGUGGGUAUUCUGGGCCCAGCCAUUGCUCUGUCCAAUGGCUCACUUAAAAUGAAGAAGCUUACCCAGCCGUCCCAGGGCAGGCUUAAGUUAGGCAAACCGAAGGCAGUUUGCUUCCUCCCGGUUUGUGAUCUCUUUGCUGCUGCUUCCUGUAUGCGCACCUUUUCCUCACAGACAGGAGGAGAGGGAGACUACAAAUGUCCUUGGAAACAGGAUGAGCCUAAGGAGGACAGCGCUCCUAGGAGACUGGAAGAGGAAAGGGAGGCUACAGGUGUGUCACCUGCACAAGAUGCCCUCCCUCUUAGGCCUGCCACCCUCCAGCCCACUGGAAGGAGCUGCUGGGACUUGUGUUAGUGCAGGGCAGCUGAACUGCCCUCCUCCUCCCCAGUUGCCCUGCAGACCUCAAGUUUAAUGCAAUGCCCACUAGACUGUAAGCUCCCAGAGGGCAGAAACUGUGCCUUGUUCUGUAUUGACCCCUCGUGCCCACCAAGUGCCUAGUAGGAGUGCAUGUACCCAGGGAUGGAGGAGGAGAGAGGGACUGUGCCUCGUGGUGGGGCGGUCUAACCUGCAGCUCUCUCUGUCCCCUGCCUUAGCUCAGAGCUUCACCUUUCAGACUCACUUGAGUGUGCCUUAACACUAGGUGAUCAGACCUGCCACUAGGCUCAGCGCCACUCCUCCUUGGGAAUAUGUCCCUCAGCAGCUAGGUGGACAUCAUCCAGUGAAUGCAUCCAGAAUGGCUGAUCACACCAAGCCACAGGAGUGUGGGGCACCUGGCAUCCAGACUGGACCCCCACAGCAAAUUCUUCUAUUCAGACCCAUGGUUUUUUUUUUUUUUUUUUUCCUAAAUUGCUUAAAAUAGAGGUGCAAACUUUGAGGUUAAGAAAUAAGGCCUGGUCGGGCGGUGGUGGUACACGCCUUUAAUCCCAGCACUUGGGAGGCAAAGGCAGGCAGAUUUCUGAGUUUGAGGCCAGCCUGGUCUACAAAGUGAGUUCCAGGAUAGCCAGGGCUACACAGAGAAACCCUGUCUCAAAAAACCAAAAAACAAAACAAAACAAAAAAAAGAAAAAAAAGAAAAAGAAAAGAAAAGAAAGAAGGCCUGGUUCACGAGACUCUUGUUAUUCAUUAACACGUCACACACAGUAAGUAAUCUAAGCAGAUUCUACCACAGCCUGCCUCCUAGCCCCACGUGGGGAAAAUGAUGUGCACCCAGCACAGGGGGAGGAGCCAGGGUGGGGAAGAGGAGGACCCUGGAGGAGAACCUUUGCAUGACACCUGCUCCCCUUCCUGUGACAUGGGCUGAAGCUGAGGCUCCAUGGCUGUCCCCACCCAGGAGGAGAGCAAGGGAGGAGUAGAAGGAAGCUGACCCAUCUGUGCCUAAGGCAAGGGAGCCUGGAGACCCCACACCGUGGCUCUUCAGACAGCCGGGUGGAGCCUCACCACCCGGGUGGAUCUCACCACCCCAUACCCUGUUCCUGAGGCUUUCUCCAGCCAAUGGGCAAGCACUGGAUAGGGGGAAGGUUGAAAAAAAAAAAAAAACCCCAAAAACCAAAAAAGACAAUGUAGCACUGAAUUAAAUCUGCCCGUAGGCCCAUCAGCCUGAUCUUUUCAUGUGUGUAGCUUUAAGCCACUAGAGAGCCUACAGGUCUACAUGGUGUUGAGUACAGCAGGAGACUGCGUUGCCCUGCUGCAGUCAUGUGAGCCUGCACUCCAUGCUGCCUUUGUGACUAGCCUGUCUUAGGCAUCAGCAUUGAAGUGGCUACCAGCUUCCCCAGACCUCUCUUCAGUGUCUUCUCUCUGUGCCACCAGCUGCCCUUCCCCAGCACUGCAGGGUCGUGGGUUUUAGCACGUGAGUGUGGGGAGAAGUGAGGGUCAGCUUUCCUUUGCCCUGCUCCCUUCCCCCAAGUCUACUGUAGAUUAUCUGGGCCGAGAGGUCGUGUAUUCAUGCUCGUGCACAUAUCUGAAGACAUUUCCUGUUGGGCUCUUCUGAUUUAUGCACAGAUGGUUCCCAGUGUUCCCAGUGCUCCAGAACAGGGCCAUCCCAGCAGCUAGUCAGACUUCCGGCCAGUGUCCUAACUCCCGGCCUUUUGUUAAGCAAUAUUGAAAGAUCGGACUUUGUAUAAAGUAGCUUCCAAGUUUUAUAAUGCAUCAUUUUACAUCUUUCAUAAUUAAAAGCAGCACAAUAUGGUUGUA